CCUCGCAGGGCAAAGAAAGACCGAUAUACACUUCAUCAAUGGCGGCGGGGGGUGUUUGGGUGUUCCGGAAGGACGGGGUGAUGGAGCUGCAGAGCGCAGCCGGAGGGUCGUCUACGGACCCGAGCGUGGGCGGCCGCAAUAAGGCGCUGGUGUACCUGCCGGCGAAGGAGCCGAUGCGGUCGCUGGAGGUGCUGGAGCGGCGGCUGGGUUCGCUGGGUUGGGAGCGCUACUACGAAAACGGAGACAUCGUGCAGCUCCACCGUCGCGACGGCGGGGUCGACCUCAUCGCCCUCCCGCGCGACUUUGCGCGGUUCCGCUCCACCCACAUGUACGACAUCGUCGUCAAGAACAGACACCACUUCAAGGUCGUCGACCUCUAGUCAUGCAUGAUACAUUAUUUACCUACUACUCACUUUCCCCAGUCAUGCUAGCAAGCCUGUUCUGCAAAUAAGCGCACGCGCAUGUGCCUGUGUAUGUUGUCUCUGAAUUACUCCUAGCUAAUGUGAGCUUUUUGUAUUUUGAUU